AUGCCUGUUGAUUACAGCAAAUGGCUGUCUGACGAUUCCGAUAUCGAAGUCCACCCCAAUGUCGACAAGCGUUCCUUCAUCCGCGCAAAGCAGAACCAAAUCCACCAACAGCGUGUCGAUCGCAAACACCAGAUUGAAACUCUCAAAUAUGAAAAAAUCAUCAAUGAUGGCUUGAUCAAGCGUAUAGAUGACCUGCUCGACUCUCUGCAGUCCUUCAAACAAGAAGCCGAACAGGCUACAUCAGGUUUCGAACGCUACAUCUUCCAGGCUCUGAUCAAGAGCACAGGUUCCCCUGACAAGGAUACCCCUCCACCUCCACCAGGCGGUGUUCAUGCAAAUGUUCAAGACCCUCCGCGCUACAGCAAGAUGAUGGCUGCACUGGUCGAUCAAGCAAAGCAGGCCACAAAGAUUCAGGACCUACAAGUCCAGCUGCUGGAGAAGCUUGCUGAGCUCGAGAAGGAGGAAAAGGCAAAGAUCACCAGCGAGACUUACCGCACCGGCUUCGAUAGCUCUCACGUCUCCAAAUCUUCAAGUCAGCCUGGCGCCAGCAAACCUUCGUCAACUCCCGAACUGCUCAACCCCUCGCGUCCUUCUAUUCAACAUGCCGACAGUGGCCAGUCGUCUGGCGCUGAUGCUGACAUCGAGGACGAGUCGAUCGUUACGAAACCCGUCGCGAGUCUAGACAGCGACGACGAAGACAUGCAGGCCUCGCCCCUGGCAAAGAAGUUCGCCAAGAUCAGAUACGGUGACUACCGUUCUUCCCUGGAUUUCAUCUCAAACAAUCCCUCUGUCAUGGGCGAGAAAGAGACGGAUGGUUUACUGGUAGAGGCUUUUAAUGCCCAGAGUGAUGGAAAUGACGACUACGCAAGACAAUGUGUCCACCAAGCCCUGUUACUACAGUAUUGCCGACAACUGGGCCGUGACGGAGUACAGCUCUUCUUCAAGCGUGUCACCACACAGGGUCAUCAAGCACAGAAGCUGUUUAUGGACGACGUCAACUCGACAUACGCCAGAAUCCGAUCGCGCACAAGAGAACUCGCUGAGCAACGCAAGCGCGACGAGGCAGAGGGCACCGGCGGCGUCGAACAAAUUCAAUUGCAUGCAGUAGAUCCCAACACUACCAUCAACAUCGUUGUGCCACCUGCCGGUUCUACUGAUGAGGAUGCCAAAGAGGCUCGCCUACAACGCGCUCUUGAAAGCGGCAGCUUGGACAAGGUCAACGAAGUCUUGGGCAAGAUGAGCGUCGACGAGGCUGAGCAAGUCGUAGCACAACUUGGCGAGGGUGGCAUGUUGAGCUUGGAAGAGGGCGUCAUCGAUGCAACAACCGAAGAGGGACGAAAGCAGAUGGAGGAGAUUGAGCGUUCGGGUAAGAUGCCUCACGACCAAGAGGAACGUGUGAUCGAAGAAAUUGAAGAUCCUGGCAUGGAUUGA